GUGUCCAGAGGACCUUGUGCGACUUUGCGGAAGCAGCACGAGUAGUCGCCUCCAAAUUGUUCUUGCAAUUCACUGCAACGUUUCGCCAGCUUCGUCUACGAUACUUAAAAACAGCACACCAACGCUCAUUUUCAAAAUACCAGCCAGUGGUAAUGGACGUUUACACAGCGGAUACUGUGUGUUUAUCGGUGAUUUGAUCCACGUGACGACGACAUCGACAGAAUACUGUGGUGGAUAAAAGAAAACACUAAGACGGCGAGUUUUGACAGCUUUUGGUCUCUGUCACUGGUAAUCUAACAACUUGCAUUCACCAAGUAGCUAGCUAGCUCUCUAGCUAACUAUAUCAACCAAGAGUAUAAAGACACCACGUUUGAAAGUGUUCGCAGGUCAAGGAGGUCGCCGUGGUGCUGAGGGGCACGAGCCGGAGCCACGGAAACAUCCGGAAAGGAGGGGGGAGGUAAUGGAACCUAGUGCAUGAAGACAGAGAGCACUAGAUAGAGACAGACUGGACAGACAGAGGCUGUGGUCUGGAAACUGGAAUCCGCAGGGAAGAAAUUGAGGGAAAGAAACAUGUCUUACAGUAACAGGGAUCUGGUGGUGUUCUAUAUAAACUACAAGCUCUCCCAGAGGAACUAUCCCAGCGGACUGACGGAGCCCAGCGGGGGGACGGAGGGACCUGCAGAGGUGGAGGGGGAGGGGGAGGAGCAGGCAGAGGGCGCGGCGUCCGGAGCGGGGCACGCCAACGGCUCGGUGAACGGGCGCAGCCCCGAGGUGCCGCGCCCCCCGUCGCCCCGCAGGCUUGAGGCGGUGAAGGAGGCGCUGCGGGACUCCGCCAACGAGUUCGAGCUGCGCUACAGCCGUGCCUUCAGUGACCUGUCCUCCCAGCUGCACAUCACGCCCGCCACCGCCUACCAGAGCUUCGAGAGCGUCAUGAACGAGGUGUUCCGCGACGGCGUCAACUGGGGCCGCGUGGUGGGGCUGUUCGCCUUUGGCGGCGCGCUGUGCGUGGAGUGCGUGGAGAAGGAGAUGAAUCCCCUGGUGGUCCGCAUCGCAGACUGGAUGACCGUCUACCUGGACAACCACAUUCAGCCCUGGAUCCAGCUGCAGGGAGGAUGGGACCGCUUCGCUGAGAUCUUUGGGCAUGACGCAGCAGCGGAAUCACGGCGCUCUCAGGAGAACUUUAAAAGAUGGCUGAUUGCCGGCAUCACGCUUGCCACGGGCAUGCUGCUUGUCUCGCUCAUCACCAGCAAACGCCACUGAGGUAGAGUGCCACAAACAGCGCUACCUUCUGGCCGCCCUCCAGCAAAACAUGAAGGAAGACGAGAGAGAAAGAAGGAAAAAAACAAAAAAAAAACAAAUAUUGCCAAGUGUUUUCAUGUUUACUUGCAUCCUGCAUCCUAAAGCACUGAGAAAGAGAAAAAUGGCCGACUGACAGACCCAGCUGCUGUUCCCGCCAUCUGCAUCACCAGUCCUCCUGCUCCCAAUCCCAGAAUGCAACAAGAGGCCAAUGUCACACAACACACUACCCCCCACAGAAAACCGAACACCAAGAGCGACUUUUUUUGAGGGAGGGGGCAGGGGGCGGGGAUCACGUGUCACUUUUCCUUUCCCCUCUCUGCCCUCACAUGCUGUGAUGAUUAUUAUUGCUGACUGUAUAUAAAUUGCAUACAUUUUAUUUAUUAGGGGGGGUGGCGCGAUGGGGUGGGGAGGCUAUGUAAAUGAGUAAUGCUCUUUCAGGCUGAAUGAGAGAGAGGUUGAUGGAUGGAUGGAUGGAGAAAAGGGAGGGGUGACAUGAACAGGAGCUUACUGGACUUUCCCUGAGAACAACCAGGCUGUAGAGGGCCCUCUGAAUCAGUAGGGGAAGCACAGAGUCACUGGAGUCACAGGAAUUUCAGUUUGUUUGGUUUUUUUUCUAGCAGAGAGUUGAGUAUUGUAGUCCUAUUUAAGAAGAAGUUGGUGUGUAGGUAUGUUGACACACUAAAAGAGUACCCAAGAAUUCAAAAUCUUUAUGAUAAUGGGCCACAUGCCUCAUCCACUCAGAUUUCCUUCAAGGACCAAUCAAAGGCAUUGCUGAUGAGCAGGGACCAAUCAAAGACUGUUGUUCAUGAAGAAACUUAAUGUGCAAAAUUUUGCAGUUUGAAAGAGUUAUCCUUGCCUAGGGAAACCAAAAACCUUUUGUUCCCUAGGACAGUUCCCAGGUUGUCCCAGUUUUAGUUGACACACGAACACUGCUUGCAUCAGAGUAUAUUCCAGCUGUCAUGUUUUAUCUUCUGUUUUUAUGCGUUGGAUUGUUUUCCGUCCAGUUAUCUGUGACACUUUGCCCUGUUUCCCAGGUCCGCGGGCGUUUGUUUGUAUGUGUCCCUACAUGCACUAAACUUUUAAAGUCUUAUUCCUGGAGUUGUUUUCCCAUUUGUUUUGUUUUUCUCUACUUUUCUUGCCUUGACUUACUGCCGUGGUUCUAGAAGAUCUUAGCAAUGCCUCACUUUGGCUGGGGAAAAAGACAAAAUUAGUAACUUUUAAAAAUGUUUUAGUUUCCAGACGAGUGUUUUCUUGUUUGCUGUGAGCAGGCUCUCUUUGUUUCAUGGAUACUGACCCCCUCCUUCCUGGCAGUGGGAUUUCCUGUGAAAGGGGGCAUGAGGCUCAGUGGGAGCAAGCAGCGCCAACCUUGGAUCAUGCUGCAGAACUGGGAGGUUCUGCCCAGUCCAGACCCAAUUUCUGCCAAAAUGCUGCCAUUUCAUGUAUAAUUUUGGGGUCACCCAGCUUCUUCUUUUUUUUUUCUCCCCCCCCCCCCCCUUGUUGGGGGGUUAAACCCUGUAAAGCUAGCAUCAGCGGUUCUUUUUUUUUUGCUCAUUUCCAUGUCCGGUUUCCAGGGUAGAUUAAAAGCACGGCCCUGCAUUUAGUGCGUGCUGUAGCCACAAACCACCUCUCUGCCUUUCAGCUCCUGGCUCAGCAGUCCUUUCCCACCAUUAAGCACAGCUUUGGAAACUGAGUGUGAGAGCGUGGAUUCUAGCCCCUGGGACAGAUCCCAGGUCAGUUUCUGUCCCUCAUGUAGAGUUGGUGGGGUGCGGUGCAGGGGAGAGGAAGCUGAUUGGAGAUCGGCUGUUUGCACGCAAAAGCUGCCCUGGGCUGUUAACCGCACGCAGGACCCCAGGCCUGCGAUCUGUGUAUUGAGUGUUUGCCCAGCACUCUUAUUGCAUUGUGAAUAUGUUUGAUGUUCAGUGUCAAUUUUCCUCCAUUGCUCUGUGUUGUCUGGACUAUAAGGUGACAUAAAUUUUUCUUUUCCAUUUUUGUUUGUUUGUUUUUCAUUCAUGGGUGCUGUACGCGCUUUUUACCCUCUUAUUUGCCGCCUCAUUGCAGUAUAUCAGUGUUUUUCCGUCUGCUUGGUUUUUCAUCUUUGUUUUUGUUUGGUUUAUCAUUGCGUUUGAUAAUACUAUUGCGUAUAAUUUUCUUUGUAAUAAAAGUAAUUUUUAAAAAAGGUUUACUGAAACCAGGCCUUGCAUAAAGUAAAGCCUUUUUCAUGAAUGGAUUGAUCAACACAGCUGCAGGUGUGGCUGUGCCAUUCUGGGGGGGCGGGGCUGCAGGUGCCAGGCUGUGGCUUUGAUCACGCCCCUUGGUUUCGGUCACUACUGCUGCACAGGUGCACAAAUCCGCUGACCUCCAGAUAAGAACUCUGGCCUCCUGCCAGAGUUAGCGGUGAAAUCUUUUACCCUUGACCUUUGAACCCAACCCCAACUGAACAUAUUAUUGUCUGCUGCUCUUGGAUGACAUUCCUGUUGCAGCCUCUCCUCUUUCCUUGGUCUGUGUGAUAUUCUCGCGCUUUUUGAAUCAUUUUGCAGACAGAGAACUACAGAAGCUUCAUGUAACAAUGGUUUUGUUCUGUUGGUUAAAAUUCCAUCUGACCGUCAAACACUGCAAUACAGAACACGCAGCUGCCUCAGGCUAUACCAUUCAUUUUUCUGUCACUUUUGAUAUGUAGCAAACAGACCUUCUUGUCGAACUCAGAUGCUUGUAUUGCUCUGACCACAGAAAUCCAUACCGCCCCAAUACUUAUCCAUUUAUGUCUGUCUGUGUGUGUGUGUGUAUGUGUGUGUGUGCACAUGUGCAUAUGUGCAUGCUUUUGUAUGUGUUCACGUGUGUUAAACUUGUGAAAAACAUGGUUGUUGCUUGAGAACUAACCAAACCAUAAUUGUCACCACAUCAUGUAUACUAGUUGACUUAAAUGACAGUUAGAAUAGCUUUAUUUAGCAACAUUUGAAAAUCAACAAAAAACAAGUAAAAUAUUGAGGGUAAAGCGUUUCGUGUUCUUUCCUGUUGCCUUAUACUCCAUUAGACAGUCACUGCUUUGAACUGUAAAUGUUCCUUGUGUUUGUUUUAGCCCAUAUGAAACAGAAAAUAAAAUAUUUUUUUAAAGUUUUUUUUUCCUUUAUAGAAUAAACUGUACAUUUAAGUAUUAGAAAGAACACCAUUGAAUAAGCAGAUUUGAUGUCUUAGAAGCCUGCUUUAAUGUUUGAAAUAAUUUAAAACUUAAUAAAGAGGAGCUAUCCAAGACUGA